ACACCACCGCCCCGGCCGAGAGAGAGCUUUCGCGAUCACGGUCACGGAUCACUACGCGCUGCAGCGGCGAGCUUUAACGCCGGAGGGCGGAGCACGAACCUGAACGAGCAAAUACUAAACACGAAGAAGGCGCCGGUCUUUUUGCCCGCUGGUGCUGCCACUAAGCCCAAGAUUUAAGCCGGGCGAAGUGCGCAGUUAAUCCCGCGCGCCAAUCAUACGCUCCACCACCCCCGCACCGGCCGGCGGGGGCGCCCAAUUAAUCACCGCACCUCCGCCGGCGGCGAGCCCGGCAACGGCUGACGAUCGCGGGAGAAACGGAUCAGGCCGCCCGCGGCCAAUCCGGCAGCGGAUCGGGGGCGGGCGUCUCGUUUCCUUUUCGCCCGCUUCCUCGUCAUGGGCCUCAUGCGCGGCUCGCUUUGCCUUUGCUCUGCUUUGAUCGACCUGAGCUGCCUGCCCCCACGCAUGAUUCAGGAGAGUGAUCUGAUCGAGCCGGUAAAGGAGGGGCCGGGACGGGGACUUCGCCUGCGCGAGUUGGUUUCCCGCUUUUAACCCCCGGGAACCUGAACGGCUCUCUCUCUCUCUCUCUCAUGAGCGAACCAAAAGGAAACCAGAAGGCCAAGGAAAGGAAACCGGAAGGCCAAGGGCGUAGCUUUCCUUCUCCAUCUUCGCUGCCGCCUAUAUAUACUUGCUACAUGCGUAUGCAGUGUCCCUGGCUCAAUCAUAUUCCCGGCUGCCGACGAGAACUCGACUCGAGAGGGUGCAACUGCAACCAGCCACUAUACUAGCUAGAGGUGUGUAGUGGAUACGGAGUGGAAGACGCGCGAUCGCCGCCAUGAGGGACGAGGAGGACGAAGCGGUGGUGAUCCGGGAGUACGACCCCAAGACGGACCGCGACGGCACGGACGCCGUCGACCGGGAGUGCGAGGUCGGCCCGGGCGGCGGGAUGUCGCUGCACGCCGACCUGCUCGGCGACCCCGUCGCCCGCAUCCGCCGCUCGCCGCGCUACCUCAUGCUGGUAGCUGAGACGUCCGGGCCGGGCGGCCGGAUCGUAGGCCUCAUCCGCGGCACCGUCAAGUCCGUCGCCACCGGCGAGAGCCGCCCCGGGGCGCCCGCCUUCGCCAACGUCGGCUACAUUCUCGGCCUCCGCGUCGCGCCUUCCCACAGGCGGAUGGGCAUUGCGCUGCUGCUGGUGCGGCAGCUGGAGCGGUGGUUCGAGCUCAUGGGCACCGAGUACGCGUACAUGGCCACCGACAGGUCCAACGAGGCGUCGCUGCGGCUCUUCACGGCCCGCUGCGGCUACUCCAAGUUCCGGACGCCGUCGCUCCUCGUGCACCCCGUGCAUUCGCACCGCCUCCGGGCGCCGCGCCGCGCCACGGUGGUCCGCCUCGGCGCCCGCGACGCCGAGCGGCUCUACCGCAGCCGGUUCGCGCACGUGGAGUUCUUUCCCGCCGACAUCGGCGCGGUCCUGGGCAACGCGCUCUCCCAGGGCACGUUCCUGGCGGUCGUCGAUGGGGCCGGCUACGAGUGGCGCGGCGUCGACCGCUUCCUGUCCUCGCCGCCGGCGUCGUGGGCGGUGGCGAGCGCGUGGGACUGCGGCGGCGUGUUCCGCCUCGAGGUCCGGGGCGCCUCGCGCCUGCGCCGCGGCGCCGCGGCGGCAACCCGCGCGCUGGACCGCCUCGCCAAGUGGCUGCGCGUCCCGUCCGUGCCGGACUUCUUCCGCCCCUUCGCGGGGUGGUUCGUGUACGGCCUCGGCGGCGACGGCCGCGACGCCGCGGUGGCGGCGGAGGCCCUGUUCGCGUCGAUCGUCAACAUGGCGCGCGGCGCCGCCGCCGCCGUGGCCGUGGAGGUGGCGGCCCUGGACCCGCUCCGCAGCCGCAUCCCGCACUGGCGCCGCCUGUCCUGCGCCGAGGACCUCUGGUGCAUGAAGCGGCUCGGCGGCCACGCGGACGGAUGGGAUUGGGCCAGGUCGGCCCCUGCCCGCUCCAUCUUCGUGGACCCCCGGGAGGUCUGAGGGUGACCCGGCGUCGUCCGCUUGCAAGCAGAGCUUCCUGCUCUGUUUUUUUGCCACUGGACUUCAGUUUUGAUCUCUUUUUUGUUCCUUCAAAUUUUGCCACCUCUUGUCCAUAGUCUUAGUUUUGGACGGCCAGAUUUCGUCCGAUGACCACCUUUUUGUAGAAUCAGGAAGUACGGCAAUGGAAUGCAUCAAGCAGAUAGUACA